CCAGACUAUUAUACGUAGCCGGAUUCCUCGGUAGCCUGUCAUCGCACGCUUGCAGUGUGACCAUCCCCCGAAUGAAAACAUGGCCACUGCAAAGCAGUUCAGUGUUGCGAUUGUCGGCGGCGGCAUUGGUGGGCUCACGCUGGCCAUCGGCCUGCUGCGGCGCAAUGUCAAUGUCAAGGUCUACGAGGCUGCGGCGCAAUUUGGUGAUAUCGGGCUGGGUCUGUCCAUCGGGCCGGCAGCCCACCGGACCAUGCCGCUGAUCGAUCCAAAAAUCUACGAUUUCUACAAUGCGUUUGUCACGACGCAUGCCGACAGUCCUGGGUAUGAACAGUUCCGACAGACUUGGUUCGAGAUCGUGUGGGCGUCGGGCAUCAAGGCUGGCGAGAUCCUGAUGGACCUGAAGGCGCUGCCGUCCGGGCAGACGACUGUUCGGCGCGCAGAUUUCCUAGAUGCUCUUGUCAGCCUCGUCCCCAAAGAGCACACGUACUUUGGGAAACGUCUGCAGAACCUGGAAGAAGCAUUUGAUGGGGUCCAUCUGAACUUUGAAGAUGGCACAUCGGUGGUAGCAGAUGUCGUCGUCGGGUGCGACGGAAUCAAAUCAAAGGUCAAGGAAUCCAUCCUUCCUGGGGAAAUUGAACAGACCAUGCCACGAUACAGUGGCAUGUACGCUUACCGUGCCGUACUCGAUAUGGACACCAUGGUGAGCGUCGUUGGUGAUCACCGGGCACGCGUAUCAACCUUAUAUGUUGGACAUGGGGCCUACGCUAUAUCCUACCCGAUCAUGCGUGCAAAGAAGGUGAAUGUCGGGUUCUACAAGUUGAACGAGACUUGGGACAGUGAUACGUGGGUUCGACCAGCGGAUAGAGAAGAAAUGCAAAAGGAUAUGGGCCACAUGGGGGAGUAUGUCAACGCGCUUAUCCCGCACAUGCCCGACCCUUCGCAGUGGGCCAUAUUUGAGCAUCCUCUUAUUUCCACGUUUGCGAAGUCACGAGUCGCCAUUCUCGGAGAUGCUGCGCAUGCUUCGACGCCUCACCAAGGCGCCGGUGCCGGGCAGGCAAUCGAAGAUGCUCAUGUUCUGGCUGAGCUCCUGGCCGACCCUCGGGUCAUAACCCCUGAGCACGCCGCCGCAGCAUUCCAAGCGUACGAUGCAGUACGACGACCACGGAGCCAGAGAGUUGUGACCACCAGUAAAGAGAAUGCGGACCUUCUUUGUCUUUGCCACGAGGAAGCUGGCGAUGACGAGCAGAAGUUGAAAGAUAUAUGGGAGGAGAGAUAUAGAUGGUUAUGGGACAUUGAUAUCAAGGAGCAGGCGGAAGACGCGAGGAAUAUCAUGACUCAGCUGAUUGCAUCCACGACCAAGACUAAUAAUACUUGAGUGUUGUUAGCUAUGCCCAUCCCUACCACCUCGUAUAUUCCCCAUUUUCCUCCCGUCUUGCACAUAUCCUGUGACACUUCGCAUCACUAAAUACUGCUCUAAAAGGCUUUCUACUCUUCCUACGUGGUUAUACUGUACCUCUAGGAUCUACUAAUUUUAACUGGUAAUCGCGCAAAGCCAGGAUGUUUCUUGAGAAUGGCUUUUCUAUAGAUAAGUAGAUAGCAUUUAUAUUAUAAUAUAUUGAAGCGUCCUGGAUUUCUUAUCAGAGCUAUACAGACUGCUAUAUAGGUUAGAUAUGUUAAACAUGCCUUUCUUGUUAUUUAAAAGCUCUGUUUGAAUAUAAUUUUACUAUCAUCUUGUGGAAAAUUCUG